AUGGCAGCUUACACAACUUUCAAGCUCUUCCUUCUCACAACUCUUCUAGCCUUGACUAUGCCAUUCUUAGCCACAAGUGCUCAACCUUUGAAUCCUAACCUAAUUCAGUUGAACUCGAACCUCGUAGCCAGGCUUACUUGGGUCACAGCUGCUGUGAAGCCAUUCAGACCAUUGAGCAUUAGUGUUGGCUUGCCUUACUUGGCACGCUAG